ACUACCAUCAAACACAUGUACAUGCAAACAAAUAUAACUUAAAACUAAACUUAUGGAACACAGAGCUUCUAACACGAAUCAGGUGAAAUACAGAGGUGUACGAAAGCGUCCAUGGGGGAAAUAUGCUGCGGAGAUACGUGACUCGGCUAACCACGGAGCUCGUGUCUGGCUCGGGACGUUUAACACAGGGGAAGAUGCGGCUCGGGCCUACGAUAGAGCCGCUUUUUCUAUGAGAGGCCACAAGGCCAUUCUCAAUUUCCCUCAUGAGUACCCAAUGAUGAGGGAUGGUCCAAGUGGUGGUGGCGAGAAUGCGGUGGCUUCUUCGUCGUCAGAGUUUAGUGAAAGAGACGGUGGUGGCGGGAAGGAAGUGAUUGAGUUUGAGUAUUUAGACGAUAGUUUGUUGGAAGAGCUUCUAGAGUGUGGAGAGAGUUAUAACCAGGAUGUUUGGUAUAACGCAACUGUUAAUUAGAUCAAUUUUUUUUUUUUUUUAGAUCAAUUUGUCACUUCUUUUGUUUUCUUCUUCCCAAUGUCUUAAUACUAUAUUCACUUACUCACAUUAAUAUAUCCAAAUAAGUAACAGUUUUAUCA